AUGGGAUUUUACGGAUUCUUCCGGAGGAGUAUACAGAAACAGAUCGAGUACAGGUGUUUACGAGACGGUAAGUGUCUCGUCAUUAGAUUGAACAGGAACCGUUGCCAAUACUGUCGUUUCAAGAAAUGUCUCGCUGUUGGAAUGUCUAGAGAUUCUGUUCGAUACGGAAGAGUUCCAAAACGAUCACGAGAACGAAGCACCGAAGAAUCCUCGCGAGUAUCGACAACGGAAGCGGACCAAUCGGAUAACGAAACAAAACAACUGGCGGUUUACGAUGUAAUAUUAACGGUUUCACAAGCUCACCAUGCCAAUUGCGGUUACACGGAAGACAAUACGAGAAAUUUAAUACGAAAACCUUUAAUCUUGCCACCGACGGCACCUGAAGAAAACGACGUCGCAACUUCAACAGCCGAAUCUUUAGAACACCAAAGGGUAUGGUUAUGGCAACAAUUCGCCGCGAACGUAACGCCCAGCGUUCAAAGGGUGGUGGAAUUCGCGAAAAGAGUACCCGGAUUCACGGAUUUGAGUCAAGACGAUCAAUUGAUUUUAAUUAAAGUCGGAUUUUUCGAAAUCUGGUUAGGACACGUCGCCAGGCUAACCUCGAAUACAUCGAUGAUGUUCGACGACGGAACCACAGUCUCAAGACAACAAUUAGAAAUUAUGUACGAUUCCGAUUUCGUUUCUUCGUUGAUGCAUUUUGCGAGUUCGUUUAACGCGCUUACAUUAAACGAUACGGAAUUGGGGUUGUUUUCUGGAGUUGUUUUAUUAACGGCGGAUAGACCGGGUAUUAUGGAUGUUAAAGCCAUCGAACAUCAUCAAGAUAGAUUAAUAGAAGCUUUAAAAGUACAGGUUGGAAGAAAUCAUGCAAGUGAACCACAACUUUUUUCAAACGUUUUAAUAAAACUACCUGAACUAAGAAACUUGGGCGUGAAGCACGCGGCACAUUUAGAUUGGUUUCGGGUGAAUUGGGCAAAAUUAUCGUUGCCGCCGCUUUUCGCGGAAAUUUUUGACAUUCCAAAAACGGAGGAAGACCUCCAGUGAUUAUUUAUAAUAUAAAGUAAAAAACAACGGUCGUCGCUCUCAUCCGCAGGUCCUUGCUCAAGCAAUUCGCGUGUAUUGUAUGUACUUAUCAAAUAAUAUUCCUCUUUUUUAACCGCAAUAAAAUAAAUUGAGCUAUUAAAUACGGAUGGAUCAAAUUGAAAGAGUAAUUUAUUAGUACAAGAAGAUGACAGGUAAAGACCACAACAGGGUUUGUAAAAUGUUUGUAAAGGUCAUUUGAAUUUUGAGAAAAAGCUGAGAAAUGUUUUUGACUUUUUUAUAUUCAUAAAAAAAAGUUUUUAUAGUGAUAAAUAACAUUUUAUGGGCGAACAUAUCAAGAACAAUCUGUCGAAGAGCAAUACUAUCUAACAAAAAUGAAUUAAAAAAAGUUAAGCUCAUGUCCAAUAACUCUAGGAAAAUGGUGUUUUUUAUACAUAUCAUUGUAAAAAAUAAUUUAAUCGACGCGUUCUCGCCUUUUUGCUCGCUCUAUUAAUUAAUUAAUUGAUACAAUAAAAAGCUGUCUGUGUA